AGGAGAAAUCAAUUUUCUGUAAAAAUGACUGCGCAAGGAUCACAUGCUAAAAUGAAGGAAUUACGUUUACCUAUGUCAAGGGUAAAAACGAUUAUGAAAAGUUCUCCUUAUGUUGAUACAAUCGGUCAAGAUGGAUUAUAUCUAGUCACAAAAGCCACGGAACUAUUUAUACACUAUCUAACGGAAGAAGCACAUUUGCAAAACAACAAAGGGAAUUCUUUAGACUACAAACAUCUGGCAGAGGUGGUACAGACCAAUGAUACAUUGGAAUUUCUCAGGGAAAUAAUGCCGAGGAAGAUCACAGUCAGACAAUUCAAAGAAAUGAUGGCUGCCAAAAAUUCACAUAGUAGUUCAUCAGAGAGUAGCUCAGACUCGGAUAGUGAUAGUGAGUCAGGUACAAUUUCUUGUUCUGAUAGUGAUAGGAAAGCAGAAGAUGACAACUCAUCAAAUAGUGAACAAGAGAGUGAGGCAAAAGAGAAUGGUAAAUGUGAUUCUGCCAGUGACAAAAGUGAAGCCAGUGACAAAAGUGACAGUGAAGAUGAAACCAAAAGAUAGGACAGUUAAUAUCCACUUUCAUCUAUAUUUUCAUAAGACAGGCUCUCUGAUUAUUUAAGAAAUACCUCAAACUUUGUUGAAAACAAUAUACCAUUGUGAACUUUACAAACAUUUGGUAUAACCAAAUGUUUAGACCAUUUGCUUAUUUAAUGUUUUAGAUUAAAUAUAGAUAAUAAUUUUAGAUGUUUAACACUAUUUUUAUAUGUAUUCAUUAAAGACAAAUUGAACAUUAAA